CAGUUAGCUCGGAGUAGUUUGUUGUCUAUAGAUCAUAACGUACUUGUUAACAAUUUCAUCAGUCGAGGGAAUACGUCGAUUAAUUUUAAUCUAGAUAAUAGCAUUGUCCUUGCAUCAUAACUCAGUUUAUCAACAUUAUAUUCGUUACGCAUACGCCUUUCACGGCGAUCUAUAUCAGUGUUUCUCAAAAUAUGCGCGGUGCACGUGAACAAUAACGUUAACGUUUUAGUGCAAUAUUAUGUACAAAUUAAAGAUGAUUUGUUUCUAUGAUAGAUUCGCGAAAAUAAUUUGUAACUCACAUUAAACCUGUGCAAAUUAGGCUAAUCAAAAAAUAUAAAUAUCAAGAAUGGUAGGAUAUAUCACUUUAAUCGAGUAAACAACUUUUAUAUUUAAUAUUACAACAGAAUAGGAACAUUAGAUCUCGAAGAGAUAAGAAUUACGUGAAUGCAUAAAGAUGUCAUAAGCAUCCUGUAAGCGCGAUAAGAAUGUUGAAUAUGGAACCAGACGGCCGUUAUUAACGGAUCUUUGAGAGCUACUGACAUGGUCAUAUGGAUAUACUGCGCAGCCGAUGCUUCCUGUUUCGUGUAUACAAGUGAUUCGCCUUGUGCGCGAUCUAGAUGCGCAAGAUGAUGGGUCGUAUGUCACAACAAUUACACAUCAUUACUUUAAGCGCUGCAUCCCAGGGGUGACAAGUACCGAUCGAAGAAGUACCAUGGUUACUUCACGGCUAACAAAUGAUCCCUGCGUCUUCUGUCUGGCUAUAUUCGACGCAGGAACGCUCUUCGCAGUUUUAAAUUUAAACUCGCCGGACAGACAGAUCACAAAGAGUGUCCGGGUCCAUUUACGCAUUCGUAUCACGAACAAGACGAACAAGAAUCUACACUCAGCGAGAAGAAAUAUUCGCAGUUGGGCUUGCAUUAAUGCUGAAAGGGCAUUAAUAAUGUGAUUAAUUAUUAUUUGGAGUCUACGAUUCAAAUUGUUAUUCUCCCAUGACACUCCGCUGAUCAUGUUUCAUCCGUCAUCGAAGUUUCAAGGACGAGCCAAAAGUAAAGUGCGGAAAAGAUGGCGACUGUUCCACGCGACGGAUUUUCAAUCUCUGAUGUUUCCCUGCUUUCUCUUCUGCAAGAUUAUCGGAAUAUUUCCAUACAAGAUCAGCGGCUCGACCUUCGAGAUUUCUAGACCGGGCUACAUUCUAUCAACCGUUGUCAUCUGCGUUUUCUGCAUUUACGGACUAACGAUACUCUAUGAGAUCGAUAUCUCCGGAAGGCUCAAAUACGAAGGAGUACCUGCGACUCUUCAGGGUAAUUGCUACCACUUGUUAGGCAGUUUUAUAACGAUCGUCACGUACAUCCUGACCAAGCCGCGAAUGCGCCUGCUUCAAACUGUGCUGGAGAUAUCUGCAAAACUGCCUCCGGAAACAUAUGAAAAGCUAUCCAGGCUAAUCCACGCUAAAGACAUCAUCGGUUUCAUCUUUCUAGUCGGGCAAGCGCCGAAAUGCUACUCCACAAAUUAUCUCGACAUUUUGCUCAAAAUCUUCGCGAUGUACAUCACUCUGCUAGUCUUUCAGAUGGAUAUGUUAUACAUGAAUUGCGUUUGUGUAUUAAAGGCUUGUUUCAAGAAGAUCAACGACAAUCUGGCGAACUUGCGGGAACUUGUGGUAAACGAUGAACCGCAUCUCCUUAGACGUAUCUAUCAUGAACAAAGGAAUCCGUUUCUGCUGAUGGAGCUCAAAGCUCUGAAAAAACGACAUCUGAUGGUCAGUGACACGGUACAAAUGCUGAACGUGAUUUUCAGUCUACAACUCCUCGCCACCAUAGUCAUGACCUUCGCUGAGAUCACUUUCAGUCUAUAUUUUUAUAUAGUGGAACGAGAAAAUGGUGUACUUCUAGUCAAUUUGGACAAACAGAUCUGGUACUCGUACUACAUCACGUCCAUCUUGUAUUACUCUACGAAAAUAUCGUUGAUAGUGUGGGCUUGCGAGACCGGCAAGGAUCAGGCUCUGGAAAUUGGCACUACUGUUCACGAAGUUCUUAUUAAUACCAACGAUAAGCAGAUCAAAGACGAGUUGCAGCUGUUUUCUCUGCAAAUACUGCAUCGAGAAAAUGCAUUCUCGGCGAAGGGUCUCAAUGUGGAUGCGACGCUUCUCACGGCGAUCGUGGGUAGCAUCACUACGUACUUAUUAAUCUUAAUACAAUUCUUAUAUACGUCGCGUUCUUGCACCAAAACUUCAACCAAUACUACACAUAUAAUUUAAUUUAAAAAAAGCACAUAAUCUCGAACGAAAAAAAG